GUUUCCGUUACAUCGUCCAUUUUCACGUAUUCGCACAUGGUGCCGCACCGGCCGCUACCACCAGCCUCCUAAAAAUUUGGACUUUGCUCCUUUGCGGUGAUAAAAAUCGCCCCCAGUUCGUAUUAAAUGCAAGAUACAGUGGAUAUGGCUGACGACCCCGAGUAUGAAGAAGAGGAGCCUUCCUUCAGCGACCCGGAGGACUUUCUGGACGACAUCGACGAUGAGGAGCUCUUGGGUGACAUCCUAAGGGAGAAGCCCCAGGAGGCUGAUGGUAUAGACUCGGUGGUGGUGGUGGACAAUGUCCCCCAGGUAGGACCAGAGCGUCUGGAAAAACUGAAGAAUGUCAUACACAAGAUUUUCUCCAAGUUUGGCAAGAUCACCAAUGAGUUCUACCCUGAGGCUGAUGGCAUGACCAAAGGGUACAUCUUCCUGGAGUAUGCUGCUCCCACCCAGGCUCUGGAGGCAGUCAAGAAUGCUGAUGGGUACAAACUUGACAAACAGCACACAUUCAGGGUCAACGUCUUCACUGACUUUGACAAGUAUAUGAACAUUAGUGAUGAGUGGGAAACUCCAGAGAAGCAGCCUUUCAAGGACUUUGGUAAUAUGCGCCACUGGAUUGAAGACCCAGACUGCCGUGACCAGUACAGUGUCAUUUACGAAUCAGGAGAGAGAACUGCCAUUUUCUCUAAUGACGCCAAGGAGCCAAUCACAGUUGAGGAGAGAGCGCGCUGGACAGAGACGUAUGUGCGCUGGUCUCCUAAAGGCACCUACCUGGCCACCUUCCACCAGCGCGGCAUUGCAUUGUGGGGUGGUGAGAAGUUCAAACAGAUUCAGAGGUUCAGCCAUCAGGGCGUGUCCCUCAUCGACUUCUCACCAUGUGAAAGGUAUGUUGUGACCUUCAGUCCGCUGAUGGACACCAAGGAGGAUCCGCAGGCCAUCAUCAUCUGGGACAUUCUGACCGGACAGAAAAAGAGAGGCUUCCACUGCGAGAGCUCUGCACACUGGCCCAUCUUCAAAUGGAGCCAUGAUGGGAAGUUCUUUGCCAGGAUGACCCAGGACACGCUGAGCAUCUAUGAGACUCCAUCUAUGGGUCUGCUCGACAAGAAGAGUCUCAAGAUUAGUGGAAUCAAGGACUUCUCAUGGUCUCCUGGUGACAACAUCAUAGCAUUCUGGGUGCCUGAGGACAAAGACAUCCCAGCCAGAGUGACUCUGAUGCAGCUGCCUUCUCGUCAGGAGAUCAGGGUCCGCAACCUGUUCAAUGUUGUUGACUGCAAACUGCACUGGCAGAGGAACGGAGAUUACCUCUGUGUCAAAGUGGACAGGACACCCAAGGGAACACAGGGCGUGGUCACCAACUUUGAAAUCUUCCGCAUGAGAGAGAAACAGGUUCCUGUGGACGUGGUUGAGAUGAAAGAAAGCAUCAUAGCGUUUGCUUGGGAGCCCAAUGGCAGCAAGUUUGCUGUUCUCCAUGGAGAGUCUCCCAGAAUCAGCGCCUCCUUCUACCAUGUCAAAAACAACGGCAAGAUUGAGCUCAUAAAGAUGUUUGACAAACAGCAGGCCAACAGCAUCUUCUGGAGCCCCCAAGGACAAUUUAUGGUUCUAGCUGGACUCAGGAGUAUGAAUGGGGCCCUUGCCUUUGUGGACACGUCAGACUGCACCAUGAUGAACAUUGCUGAGCACUACAUGGCCUCUGACGUGGAGUGGGACCCAACCGGCCGCUAUGUUGUCACCUCUGUCUCCUGGUGGAGCCACAAGGUGGACAAUGCCUACUGGCUGUGGACGUUUCAGGGCCGUCUUCUUCAGAAGAACAACAAGGACAGGUUCUGUCAGCUUCUCUGGAGACCUCGACCUGCCACCCUGCUCAGCGCAGAGCAGAUCAAGAUGAUCAAAAAGGAUCUUAAGAAAUACUCCAAGAUCUUUGAGCAGAAGGAUCGUCUGAGUCAAUCCAAGGCUUCCAAGGAGCUGGUGGACAAGCGCAGGGCCAUGAUGGAGGAGUAUCGUCAUUACAGGGAGAUGGCAGUGCAGACCUACCAGGAACAGAGGAGCCUCCGCCUCGAGCUCAGAGGAGGAGUGGACACUGAUGAACUGGACAGUAAUGUGGACGACUGGGAAGAGGAGACCAUUGAGUUUUUUAUCAACGAAGAAAUCAUUCCCCUUGGAGAUCUGUAGUCCCAUACGCAGUCCGUCCGUGUGUGUGUGGAAGGAGGAGAGAACUGUCGCAUUGACUGGAGGAGGAGGACGACCACGCUCUGAAUCUUGGGAUUUGUCACAAGUCUUAACAUUCUACUUUGGUGACACCAUCAAAGCACGCCUUGCGGAUCAGCAGUCAAGGAUACAAGAGAGGAUACUUUGUCUCAAAUAUUUUCUCUUCAUUUCUUGCCAUCUGCCUCAAUUUUUUCUGGCACUUGAUAUUUCAUAAUAUUGCCUCCUUUUUCCUUUUCAUUCAUUGAAGUCACUCACUCUCUUAUCUCCCCCCCCCUUUCUAAUUGGGGCUACUACUUCUCACGGUUGUUUCUGAACUAGCCCCACCAUGCUAGUGUGUUAUCACAGGGGAGCAGAGAGUGCCAUACCAGUGGGGGGUGGAGGUGUUGUGACCAAACAAGUACCCUUGUUAGUUAUUGUGCUGAGGUGGCGCUACAGUGGCCUGUAUCCUCCUCCUUUCAGACUAGGCCUCCACACAGGGAGGGGGUGUGCUGUGGGAAUAACUUUAAAUAAACAUUCAAACACAAUACUAAA